AUGUUUAACCAAAAUAUUGCUAAAUACACAAAUCAUGCUAUUUUAAAUUUAUCUACACUAGAUACAUCAGACGAAAAGAUCAGUGAUGAUAGAACAACUACACCAGCCAAUAAUAGAGAAAAAGCUUUAACAGUUACAUCAGACGAAACGGUCAGCGGUGGUAGAACAGCUACACCAGCCAAUAAUGGGGAAAAAUCUUUGACAGAUUUACCUACACUAGUUACAUCAGACGAAAAGGUCAGCGAUGGUAGAACAGCUACACCAGCCAAUAAUGGAGAAAAAUCUUUGACAGAUUUAUUUACACUAGUUUCAUCAGACGAAAAGGUCAGCGAUGGUAGGACAGCUACACCAGCCAAUAAUGGAGAAAAAUCUUUGAAAGGACAAAUACAUACAAUAACAGGUGCUAUGAUUGGUGUAAUGUCAAGUGCUGUUAUACUUUACCAUGCUGCACCUAUAAUGAAGGGACUUCUAAAACUGGUAUCAAAAACUGCUGACGAAGAGAUAACACAGAAGGAAGUCGAAGACCAAGUGUCAGAUACAAUUGCAAUUGCUACGUUAGACAUAGAUGAAGGGAUACUAUUUACAAGGCGUAUUGACAUUUGGUCAGUUCCGCCCAUCAGUCAUAGUGAUGUCGUUUCUUAAUGUUCUCAUAUGGUCAACGUUUAUUUGAAACCCUUUUAGGUUUUAGUUGUUCUUUAAGAGCUGUGCAAUUGUUUGUAUCAAACAGCCCUUUAUUUCACAGAACGCUUUAAAAACAAUAUUCAAAGUCAACUUUUAACUUUUUGCAAUUUGAAUACAUUUUGGUUGCAGUUGACAUUAUUUCUUCGAACAAUUUAGAUAUAUUGUACCACUUUAUUUUUAUAUUUUCGUAUAUGAUUUUGUAACAAAAGCAGCACAUGAACCUUUAUUAUUUAGACUUUGAU